GGGUGAUGUCUGAGGAAAGAUGGCGGAAGGAGGAGCGGCUGAUCUGGAUACCCAGAGAGGAGAGGUCGCGGCACUGUUGAAAACACAGCUAAGAAAAGGAGACACUUGGUACCUUGUGGACAGUCACUGGUUUAAACAGUGGAAGAAAUAUGUCGGAUUUGACAGUUGGGACAAGUACCAGAUGGGUGACCAGAAUGUCUACCCAGGACCCGUUGAUAACUCUGGUCUUCUCAGAGAUGGGGAUGUGCUGGCCAUCAAGGAGCACCUCAUUGAUGAGCUGGACUACAUCCUGGUCCCCACAGAGGGCUGGAAUAAGCUUGUCAGUUGGUACGGACUGACAGAGGGUCAGGAGCCAAUUGCACGCAAGGUGGUGGAACAGGGUAUGUUUGUGAAGCACUGCAAGGUAGAGGUGUACCUGACGGAGCUGAAGCUCUGUGAAGACAGCAACAUGGACAAUGUGAUCACCAGACGCUUCAGUAAAGCUGACACAAUAGAUAUGAUAGAGAAGGAGAUGAGGAAGCUGUUUAGCAUCCCCGAUGAGAAGGAGACCAGGCUGUGGAACAGGUACAUGAGCAACACGUUUGAGCCUCUCAACAAACCUGACAGCACCAUCCAGGAUGCAGGCCUCUACCAAGGACAGGUUCUUGUAAUAGAGCAGAAGAAUGAGGAUGGCUCAUGGCCCCGAGGCUCCACGGCACCCAAGUCAUCUGGUGCUUCCAAUCUCUCUGCUUUGCCAAAGAUCUCGCCUUCAUCUCUCACAAACAAUCAUAACAGCAGCUUCAACAGCAGGAAUGUGAAGAAUUCAAGCUAUAGUCUGCCGUCCUACCACCCCUACAGCAACAGCUAUGACUACUCAGACCAGAGCAGGCAGAGUGAGCGCUCAGGCCUCUGUGGACUCUCCAACCUGGGCAACACCUGCUUCAUGAACUCUGCUGUGCAGUGUUUAAGCAAUAUCCCUCCACUGACGGAGUACUUCCUCAAAGACAAGUACACAGACGAACUGAAUGAGGACAACCCGUUGGGCAUGAAAGGGGAGAUUGCCCGAGCCUACGCCGAGCUUAUCAAGCAGCUGUGGUCGGGCAAAUACAGCUACGUCACCCCGAGGCCUUUCAAGACCCAGGUGGGCCGCUUCGCCCCCCAGUUCUCGGGCUACCAGCAGCAGGACUCUCAUGAGCUGUUGGCCUUUCUCCUGGAUGGCCUUCACGAGGACUUGAACCGCAUCAGGAAGAAGCCCUACAUCCAGCUAAAGGACGCUAACGGCAGGCCUGACAAGGUGGUGGCGGAGGAAGCCUGGGAGAACCACAUCAAGAGAAACGACUCCAUAAUCGUGGACAUCUUCCACGGCCUUUUCAAGUCCACCCUGGUGUGUCCUGUGUGCUCCAAGGUGUCUGUGACCUUUGAUCCUUUCUGCUACCUGACGCUGCCACUUCCCAUGAAGAAGGAACGCACGCUGGAGGUCUAUCUAGUCAGACUGGACCCUCUGGCCAAACCCACUCAGUACAAGCUGACCGUGCCAAAGGUGGGCUACAUCUCUGACCUGUGUACCUCCCUCUCCAGCCUUUCUGGGGUUCCUGCUGAGAAGAUGAUUGUAACUGACAUCUACAACCACCGUUUCCACCGAAUCUUCGCCACCAACGAGAACCUCAGCAGCAUCAUGGAGAGAGAUGAUAUCUAUGUAUUUGAGGUGGCAGUGAACAGGGUGGAGGACACAGACCACGUAGUGAUCCCAGUGCACCUGAGGGAGAAGUACAAACAAUCAGGCUACAACCACACCAGCACACCGCUGUUCGGACAGCCCUUCCUCAUCGCUGUACCCAGAACCCUCAGUGAGGACAAACUCUACAACAUGCUGCUCCUGCGCCUCUGCCGGUUUGUGCGAUCCUCAGUAGAGGAGGAUGAGGAGGAUUGUGAAGAGACACAGCCACCCAAACAACACACUGUCAACGGUAACGCCACUAAUGGUCUGCUGGAGGAGGGGUCACCGAGUGAGAUGGAGACCGACGAGCAGGACGAUGAGUCGAGCCAGGAUCAGGAGCUGCCCUCCGAGAAUGACAACAGCCAAUCAGAGGACUCUGUGGGCGGGGACAACGAACUGGAGAACGGCGUAGUCGGUCCACAGAACACCACCAAAGGCCAGCAGACGGCCGAGCACAACAGAAAGAGACUUUUUACAUUCCAGUUCAAUAACAUGGGCAAAACAGACUUCUCGCUCAUCAAGGAGGACACCAGGCAGAUCCGCUUUGAUGAGGGACACCUCCGACUCAGUGACCGCUCUUAUCUCUCCUUGGACUGGGAACCAGAGAUCAAGAAGAAGUACUUUGAUGAGACUGUUGUUGAGGACUUUGACAAGCACGAGAGCAUGGAGUACAAGCCUCAGAAGAAGGCUUUCUUCAAGCUGAAGGACUGCAUCGAGCUGUUCACCACAAAGGAAAAACUGGGAGCAGAGGACCCAUGGUACUGUCCGAACUGUAAGCAGCACCAACAGGCCACUAAGAAGCUGGACCUGUGGUCUCUGCCACCGGUGCUGGUGGUCCAUCUGAAGCGUUUCUCUUACAGCCGCUACAUGAGAGAUAAACUGGACUCCCUUGUUGACUUCCCGCUCAGAGAUCUGGACAUGUCUGAGUUCCUGAUCAACCCCAACGCUGGGCCGUGUCGCUACGACCUCAUCGCUGUGUCCAACCACUACGGAGGAAUGGGAGGAGGCCACUACACUGCUUACGCUAAGAACAAAGACGAUGGAAAGUGGUACAACUUUGAUGACAGCAGCGUGUCACCUGCUAAUGAAGAUCAAAUAGUGUCCAAAGCAGGCUACGUGCUGUUCUACCAGCGCCAGGACACGGUGAAAGGUACCGGCUACUUCGCUCUUGACCGUGAGGAAGAGGAGGAGGAAGAAGAGGAAGAGGAGGGAGAGGACGAGGAGGAGGAGGAGGAGAACGAGGACGAGGAGAGACAGGAGAGAAAGGCUGCCUCCUCCACUCAGGCUGCCUCAUCCGCCGCUGCCGCCGCCGCCACUGCUGCUCAGAACGACGAGGAGGACCUAAACGAGAACCGGCGCAGGAAGAACGACAAUGAGCAGGAAGAGGAAGAGGAGGAAGAGGAGGAGGAAGAGGAGGAGGAGGAACAGGCGCGCAAUCGAGAUGUCACCAUGAAAACCAACUGAAGCUGACUCGGAGGACACGGAUAAAUGGAGAGAGAGACUGAGAUCUUUCCAUCCAAAGCCAUAUGGACACACAGCAUGGCAGCGGGCGCCACCAGUCCCACCCAGCGGCUCGGACUCCUCGCUCAACAGGCGGAGCCACUGUAGGGAUGACGACGGCUUUUAGGUCAGGGUGCUGCCGCGGUACGCAACUCUAAGAAAUCAGAGCCCUCCUCUGUGGUUGGAUCACUGCGUGUGUGUGUGUGUGUGUGUGUGUGUGUGUGUGUGUGUGUGUGUGUGUGCAAAGCGUGUGAGUGUCGCCACGUUCAUUCGUUUAGGAUUUUCUCACUGAACGACACCGGGUAUUAAUUCUUGAGGCUUCACAGUACGUUAGUGUAGCGCUUUGAAUCUCUCUAUGCUUUCUGUUUUCCUUUGUUUUAUUUUUAUAUAUUUUUGAGAGAAAUGCAUUGUCGGCAUAUCAUUUUAGUACCAUUUAGAUAUUUUGUAAAUAUUUUAAACACUGAAUCAUUGGGUUUUCAUGAUGCGCUGAAACAUUUUGAACUUGCACAAUCACCAACCAUCCACCUUUUUUUUCUUUUCUUUUCUUUUUUUUUUAUGUAUUAUUGCCAGACAUACUGCAGGUGUUUCACAAUGACGUUGUCUCUCAGAGGGCUUCCUCACAUAAAAAAAAGCUUAGGAAGCUGCCUUCAGUAAGCCAAUGGUGACACACGUCUACAGUCUAGACUUAACGUAGCGAAGUCAUGCCCAUAGCUGUGUGGUUUUAUACAGUGUCAAACAGCCAAACUGUCCUAGCUUUGUACUGCUGCUACUGCUGCUACUGCUGUGAUCUUGCAUUUUUAGACAGAUUAUUAGUAAACUGGCAUGAACCUUGGUGAGUUAAGGUCCUGCUUUUGCUGUCUCUCUCUGGUCUUGAUCAUUUGUAUUUCUUGCAACCAAACAGAAAGCAGGAUUGCGAUAUUACCCAGCAAACUUUGCAGAAUAACCAAACAGAUUCUAUUUGGCAAUAUUUUAGCUGCAAAAAUGAAUCAGGAGAUGACGUUUCAGGUGAAGCUCCUACUGUUAAAAUUCCUGUUUUAAUAAACUCAAGUAUCCGUUUGAAAGUUAGCUCGCAGACACAGAUCUUCCCUUCAGCUCUCCCUCUUAAGUUCUGCUCGGUAGGUGGUGUUUAAAGCUUUACCACGGCUCUGCAGUCGUUCUCUUCAUAUCGGAGGCGCGGUGAGAUUAGGAACAUCGGUGAUUUCGCUGACAUCGGAUGCAUCGUCUCUUGUUUGGAUCACCUGGGCCUUAACUCUUAAUCUCAGACCAGUCGCCUUUUCUUUGCACAUCACUAUCACGCCGUCUCUCUUGCAUGUCCCCUUCCAUAUACACUAACACUCUAGUACGAAUGUCCAUAUUUACUUGUUAUAUCACGGCCACGUCAUCUACAAACAUUCUUUUUUAACCCACAAGAGGGCCAGAAUGUAUGCUGAAUAGAAUGAACACUGACCAGAUGUAUGUGGUUGAUGCCUUUUGAUUCUUUGUAGGGCCUGAUUUUUUUUUUUUCUUUUCUUUUCUUUUUUUUUUUCUUGGCUCCCUUUCUUGGUUUGGUUGAAUGUGAUGGCAAUGGAUUUCCUCACCUUUGAUACUAGCUGUAUGAAUUCAUGGGUAUUGCUGGAUGCGUCCCUUUCCAGAGGGGAGGGGGGGGGGGGUGCUUCUUUGUGGUCAUGAGCUUUGAGGAUGGGUAGGGAAGGGAAGGGAGCAGGGAAGGGGAGACAAAGUGAAAACUGUGGGGUGAGUCUGCCUAAAAGGCCUUUCAGCUUCUGGGAUCAUGAUACAGUGAAAAUAUUUUGUGGCAGAUUGUUGCAGGAUAUUCCUCCAUCGGUGUAACUCAUGAUAAAACUCUAUUCUCCAUGGUGGAGUGUUAUGUUUUCUUUUUCUACCUGUUCUUUCCAUUGUAAACAGCAUUAGCGUACCUGUUGUUGCCUCAGAAUAUUACAUGUGUACCAUGCCUUUAUGAGCAUCUGUGCUUCGACUUCAGUGGGCUUCAUCGCCACGGCGCUGCCUUGCUUUUUGGGCGACUCACCCCACCCCGACUGAGUGAGAUGUGAUUGCUACUAUAGGCUUAUACAAUACUGUACAUAAGAGUUCACUCUGUGAGUGCACAUUUGAUAAAGUUUAUUUAUUUAUAUGUAAGCAUUUAAUAAUAAACAGACAAUAUAUUUAAAACCUUGGCAGACCUGAUGUGCUGGGGGGGUGGGGAGGGGGGGUGGCUCCAGUCCACACAUACACACCAGUUUGCAAAGUCUUGCCUGCGCUCUUGUCAGGGAGGGAAUAUUUUUAAAGAAAAAAAGGAUGCUUCUGUUGUUUUGGGACUUUUUUUGUAAAAAUAAUCCAGACAUCCUUGCAUGAUGAGAUGAUGGGGGUUUCCAGGUUUGGCUGCACUUGAGUUCACUUGGGUUUACAUUUGAAAUGUGCAUGUGUAUUUAUACACAAUCUUCAAUAAAGUUGUGUAAAGCUUCUUGUGGGUUCUGCUCUGGUUUUCUUUCCUUCUGUCUCUGGUGUGUGAGCAUGUGCUAUGUUCUUGCUGGACUCCCACCACUGUCUACAUGAAUAAUGGAAGAUACACUUGUUAGUUCUCUCCUGAGCUCAUAGAAAGAAUUAAAGCAGCUUCUAAUCAGUACCAAAGUUAAAGGGAAAUCCCAAAUAAUUGACAAUUUGAAUUCGGUUCGGCUGCGUGAUCAGUAUGUUAGUAUGAAAGCGAAGCUGUAAAAGAUAAAUGUGAUGUCCAGUUGUGUUUCUGUUUGCAUCAUCAUCAUGAUGAAAAGCAUGAACAGAGCUUGAGAGUCACAGCGGUCCCACAUUUCACUAGUAGCUCUAUAAAGAAUACAUUUAAGCAGCUCUCAGCCCUCUGAACUAUGCAUAAGUUAAGAAUUUAAAUGAGGUUCACAGUUUGCCCUCCAUUUUCUCUCCCACUGUCCCGGUGUAAGCAGCUGCAGCUGAUCUGAGAGGAGGAACACGGUGUUCUCUUCGGGUUCUGACGGGUUCUCUGCCCGCUCACAGCUGGGAGGUUCCCCCCGUGCAGCGGCUCAUCCUUCUGACCAAUAGGAAGCAGGAGCAGGAGGACGGGCCGUGUGCAGAACAGUGGAUCACUCCAUAGAGAAAACAGGCCAGCUUUCACUGCCAGUCAGUGAGAAUGAUCGUUAACCAAGACAUAAAACUUCCCUCACACGCAGAAAUGGAAGAAGACAUAAUACAUGAACAUAAAUCCAGAUAAUUGACGUCAUUGCAUCAUUGAGUCUAAUUAUCUUUGUGAUUUACAGCUGAAAAAAAUAGUCAUUAAUAAAUAUUUAAAGCUCCGAAAUAAUAAAAUGUAUUAUUAUUAUUAUUCAUAUUAAUAUUGGAUUAAUUGGAAAAUACAACUGAUAGAUUAACCAAUAAUGAAAAUGAUGGUUAGUUGCAGCCUGACAAGGGAAAGUUUUAAGGAUUCAUUUGUGGCUUUGUCAGAAUUAGAUCAAAUAUAUGUAAAUGAUAAAGUUAAAAGACAAAUCACAUGUUAUAUGCUCACCAGUUAACAUAUACUUGUUAUAAUAUUAUUUCAUUCCACAGACACGUUUCCAAUGAGUAACAUGUGAAAAGACAAAUAGAAAAUAGACUUCUGUUUUAGUGAAAUGUAAAGAUUAAAACUGGGUUAAAACUUCUAGUUUUAAUUUGUUAAUUUUUUUAAUUUAUUUUUGUCUCUAUUGUAAUUACCAGUUGUAAUUAUUUUCCCAUAAAAAUGUGAAACCGCAGUGCCAUUGUGUUGCUUUAGUAACAGGUAAAAUAACUUUUGACAUGAUUAUUAUCAAUGGGAUCACAGAUAUAAAAAGAAUUAAAUCAUUCCUUUAAAACAUGCAGUUUGCUUUAAAUUGAUGAGCUUUUGUGCCACUUGCAUUCAUCAUUUUUGCUUUUUUUUUCUCUAAUAGCAGGAAUUCGACUUUCCUCCUCACAUCCUGACUGCAGCCAGAUGAUGGUGCUCUCCGACAGUUUCUCCGCUCUGCUGGCGCUUGGAAAACCCGUCGGAGUGGGACCUCUGUGUUUUCUCUGAUCUCUGCUCGUGCCUACACCCGUCCUGACGUUCCCCGCGAAUUUUAUCCACGCCGCUCCGCCAGAUCCACUCAUUUUCCACACCUACCUGACAUGCGGCAUUUGCAGGGCGAACGGGGGAUGAAGAAAAUCGCUUCUCGCAUCGUUGUGGAUUUGUUUCACGUUUCUAUGUUUGAAACCGAGUGGAUUUGAUACCGGGGCAACUUUACCCCCCCACCCCCGACGCAGAGAGAAACAGACAACAAUAGAUUAUAAAACAGACUGCUGCAGUUCAGCUGCAAGGUGAAGGACUGUGAGGAGUCGAUGAGGGAUUUUUCGCGUUUUCUCAUUCCCAACAAAACUGCGGUAAUGUAGAAAUAGAGCUGUGUGUUACUCUGACUUUUUGGUAGUCUUAUUUUUAAUCUCUCAUUGUGAUUCUAAUGACAAACAAAAAUGCUUAAAUAAUCAGUUUUUCUAAAGAUAUUUUUUAAAUGUACAUUUGAUCAUGUAUGAGUUGAAAUGGUAGAUCAUGUGCUGUGUUUUUGGUGAUAUUUUACACGCGUAAUUGAAUGUUUUGAAGUGAAUAGUCGGCUAGAGGAUUUCUCUCAGCCCUGCACCCAUAGAUGAUCAAUUGUUUUCCUCUUUUGAAUCAUUAUCAUUCAUAUUAUUCAGAUUCAGUGUUAAUCUCAGUUUUGUUUAGAUCACGAACACCACAAUUCACUUUCUGUGGUCUCACAAAGCGAUUCAUGUCGCCGAUGCUCCUCCAAAAGAAAAAAGGAAAAAAAAAAAAAAAAAAAAAUCCACGGAGGGCUCCGCUGUUCUCACCUGCCAUAUGUCAUUUUCACUGAGGUCAUCUGAGGAGAACAGCGGGUGCAGGAAAUACGAGCAAAGGUACAGGAGGUGUCUUUUUUCCAUUCGAUGCUUUGGGUGGGGUUUUUGUCUCGCUUUAUUGCGGCCACGUUUUGCGCGCACGCCAUUUUUUUCGUGCGCUUUUACGCACAGCGACACUGACUGAAUGGAGAUUCAGACCGAAACUGGAGCGAGGAGAUCCUAAAGAGGACAAAAGAAGGGAUGCGGGCACCGCGGGCCAAGCGCUGGUUGAGGUAGUAGUUUGUGCUGUUGGUCGGGUUGUCAUAUUACCCCUUGUGGAGAUGACUGCGCAAUCUACUGCCUUGCCGGCGCUGGUGACUUGCGACAGAGGAAUCAAACCGGAGCAGAAGAAACUGAAUGGGGACGCGCAUGCCUUCGCAACGAUCAAGUAUGCAUUAAAACGUGAGUGUAAAUGAAGAGAAUGUGAGAGCUGGGACAGAUUUGAUCAACUGAAACAAUGCGAAGCUGAAAUAUAUUUGCUUUUUUUAAUCUCCAUUUAUUUAAAUAAAGCUGAUUUAUAAUGGUA